AGUUAGAAAUAUAUUCACAGAUUCGAACUUCCGAGCUCAUUAGCUCCCAAACGAAUGGUUGCCAAAUAGCAAAUCAUACCUCUUUCGAAAGUGAUAACACAAAGAGUUACAACCCCGCUUUUAUUAAAAACGAGACGUCUUGUGUGCAGUCUGACUAAAAUGCAUCUCUAUGCGAGUCGAUUGGAAAGAGGUUUGCUAUGUAACAACCAAUUGUUUGGGCCUCAUUGAGCUCGGAAGUUCGAAUCUCUGAAUAUCUUUCCAACUUACCUCAGUGUUGCACCGUCGCUGCCAGACUGUGGCCAUGUCAGUCAAACUGUGCUGCCUGUCUGGAGGUUGCAGAAGCUGGAGGUUGUUGUGCAGUGUCACCUGGCACCCUCUCCACAUUCGGUCCGUCAGCAAUAGCGCUGAAGUGGGCACAAAGCCGUCUGAGGAAGAACAUCUCUGGGAAACGACAGGCUCCUUACCCUUUUUUGCUGCCAGGCUCGGACCUUUCUUUCAGGACAGACCUGUGCUGAAGAACCCUUUUUUGGAGGAUGCCUUGCUCCAAGGGUACUUAAGGAGACACCUGCCUCAGGAUGCAGUCUUCUCAGACUUGUGUGCUUUUGGCGAGCGUGUGGCCACUGAGGUGGACCUUUGGGGCAGAGAGUGUGAGGUCACUCCUCCGCGCCUGGUGCAUUUUGACCCUUGGGGUCGCAGAGUGGACCACAUCUUGACCUCCCCGGCAUGGAAACGCAUGAAAGAGCUCUCCGCGUUGGAGGGAUUGGUUGCCAUCGGCUAUGAGAGGUCGUUUGGAGAAUGGAGUCGGGUUUAUCAGAUGAGCAAGUUGUAUCUCUUCUCCCCCUCAUCUGGACUCUACACCUGUCCUUUGGCCAUGACCGAUGGAGCUGCCAAAGUCAUUCAGUCCAUAGGAGUCUCACGGGCGGUAGAAGAAGCCUAUAAUCGACUGACCACACGUCACCCUGAACGCUUCUGGACAUCAGGACAGUGGAUGACAGAAAGACAAGGAGGCUCAGACGUAGCCAGUGGUACAGAGACAGUGGCAAUUCCCCAAACAGAUGGUUCGUACAAACUUCAUGGCUUCAAGUGGUUCACUUCUGCCACUGAUGCAGACAUGACGCUCACACUGGCCAGAGUGUGUGACAGAACAGGAGCAACCACUCCGGGUAGUCGAGGUUUGUCUCUGUUCUACGCUGAGGUGAGUCGAGACCAAGAUGGCCGCCUGAGAGGGAUAGAGGUUCAGAGGCUAAAGGACAAGCUGGGAACCAGACAGAUGCCAACAGCUGAGUUACUUCUGGAUGGACUACUGGCACACAAGCUGUCAGAAGAAGGAAGAGGUGUGGCCUCCAUUGCCAACAUGCUAACCAUAACCAGGAUCCACAACAGCGUCUCUGCAGUCGCAGCAAUGAGAAGGGUGGUCCAGUUAGCUCGUGACUAUGCCACUCGCCGCACCGCUUUCGCAAAGCUUCUUAAAGACCACCCGCUACACAUGCAGACUCUUGCCAGGAUGGAGGUGGAGACCCGUGGAGCUUUCUUCCUGGUGAUGGAUGUGUGUCGUCUGCUUGGCCGUGAGGAGAGCGGCAUCGCCACCCAGCUCGAUACACACCUUUUGCGUCUGCUCACACCAGUUGUUAAACUCUACACUGGGAAACAGGCAGUCGCUGUGGUGUCGGAGGGUUUGGAAAGCUUUGGCGGGCAAGGUUACAUCGAGGAUACGGGGUUGCCUGGAAUACUUCGAGAUGCACAGGUGCUGAGCAUAUGGGAAGGCACUACAAAUGUUUUGUCUCUGGAUGUUCUGCGCUGUGUGGCUCGAAGCUCAGGAAUGGUUCUGCAUGCUUAUUUUACUCAAGUUAAAUCCCUUCUUGCGGGAGCUUCAAAUGUCUCCUCACUGAGCCCAGCUGUGAGAGCUGUAGACGAUGCUCUCUCUAAACUGGAGAGCUUUGUCAGGGAGGCAACCACCAGACCUCCAGUCUACUUGGAAAUCUCAGCCAGAGACCUGGCAUAUAGCCUGGCUCGCAUCUAUGCAGGUGCUCUUCUCAUUGACCAUGCAAGUUGGAAAGGGAUGUCUCCAUCUGACACCUAUGCAGCGCUUAGGUGGUGUGAACAGGAUUUGUGUCCCGUGGUUUCUAACCAGUCGAGAGGCUGCUAUGAUCCCAACACUCUAAAACUUGAUGCAGCACUCUUGUAUAACCAGACAACCCAGGACUAAAAGGGAUGCAUAUUGUAUUUCUAAUGUACAUUAAUUUAAAGCUACUUCUUAUUCUGUAUUUUUCAUCAAACUACAUCUACUGUACAAUGAAGCAUGGCAAUUUAAUUGGAUGCUAUUCUCUAUGUGACAUAUGAUGGCAUUUCCUAUUCUGUGCAGCACUGUGCAAAAGUCGUAAGAGGCCACCACUUAUUUCCUUGUUUUCAUUAACUUUUUUUUUUUUAGUUUAAUGUCAGUCUGGCUCUGGAUACAGGUGCUGAUAUAAGAAUAUAUCAUUUGUGUGAAUCACUAUGGCAUAAAAAACGAACCACUACCCCUUA